GCGCAGUGCGGCGGCCGAGGCAGUGUGUAUGUGAGACUCUGACGGGUUCAAAAUGGCGGCGGCGGCUCCUGUAAGAGGACAAAGGCGCAGGAGAGACCUGGAGGAAGAGGAGGAAGACAGCAGUCCUGGUGUGUCCUUCUCGCUCUCUUCAGAGGAGUCGGAGAUGGAGCCUGAGGAGGAAAGGAUCCGUUACAGCCAAAGACUGCGUGGCACGAUGAGGCGGCGCUAUGAGGAUGAUGGCAUCUCCGAUGAUGAAAUCGAAGGGAAGAGGACAUUUGACCUGGAGGAAAAGCUGUCCACCAACAAGUUUAACUCCACCUUCGUGGUCUUCAUGGAAGGCAAAGACUUCACAGUUGAAUACAUCCAGCGAGGUGGCCUCAGAGACCCUCUCAUCUUCCGGAGCUCCGAUGGCUUGGGGAUAAAGAUGCCAGAUCCGGACUUCAGCGUGAACGAUGUGCGGCUGUGUGUCGGGAGCAGACGCAUGGUGGAUGUGAUGGAUGUGAACACGCAGAGGGACAUCGAGAUGUCCAUGGCACAGUGGGCUCGCUACUAUGAAACACCUGAAGAUGAGAGGGAGAAACUCUACAAUGUUAUCAGCUUGGAGUUCAGCCACACCAAACUGGAGAACCUAGUGCAGAGACCUGCCACGGUGGAUUUGAUUGACUGGGUUGACAACAUGUGGCCCAGACACCUGAAGGAGAGUCAGACAGAGUCAACAAAUGCAAUCCUGGAGAUGCAGUACCCAAAGGUGCAGAAGUACUGUCUGAUGAGUGUCAAGGGCUGCUACACAGAUUUCCACGUGGACUUUGGUGGCACUUCUGUGUGGUACCACAUCCACCGAGGGGGAAAGAUCUUCUGGCUCAUCCCUCCUACACCCCAGAACCUGGAGCUCUAUGAAAACUGGCUUCUCUCAGGGAAGCAAGGAGACAUAUUCCUUGGGGACAGAGUGUCAGAGUGCCAGCGCAUUGAGCUCAAGCAGGGCUACACAUUUGUCAUCCCCUCAGGUUGGAUCCAUGCUGUGUACACCCCCAUGGACACACUGGUUUUUGGAGGCAACUUCUUACACAGCUUCAACAUCCCUAUGCAGCUCCGCAUCUACAGCAUCGAGGACCGCACGCGGGUCCCAAAUAAGUUUCGUUACCCCUUCUACUAUGAGAUGUGUUGGUACGUGCUGGAGCGCUAUGUCUACUGCAUCACCAGCCGCUCCCACCUCACCAAGGACUUCCAGAAGGAAUCACUCAGCAUGGAUAUGGAGUUGAGCUCCUCAGACUCAGUGAAUAUGGAAGAGGAGGAGGAGGAAGAUGAUGAGGAUGCAGCAGGGAAGGAAUCCAGGCGGCCGAUCACGAGGCGGUCCAUUCUCACCACCCCCAUCGCCAACGGUGCCAGUGUGGACUAUGAUGAACUGGGCAAGAGCUGCCGGAGCAGCCUGCCAGGUCUGAAGAAGACCCCAUCUAUGGACUCUUCCGACUCCAGCCGGGGCUCUCAGAACGGCCAGGCCUGCGACCCCAAUGGCGGAAGCCCACGCAAGAACAGGAGGGUCCACCUGACCCAGUUCGAGCUGGAGGGGCUGCGCUGCCUCGUGGACAAACUGGAGUCACUGCCCCUGCACAAGAAGUGCGUCCCCACCGGCAUCGAGGACGAGGAUGCUCUCAUCGCCGACGUCAAGCUGCUGCUAGAAGAAUACGCCAACAGCGACCCUAAACUGGCACUUACAGGUGUCCCCAUUGUCCAGUGGCCUAAGAGAGACAAGCUAAAGCUCCAGGCCCGGCUGAGGGUUCGCCUGCCCACCAUCCCCAUCACCAAGCCACACACCAUGAAGCCAACCCCUCGCCCAACUCCCGUCAGGUCAACAGUGUCCCCCAUCGUGUCGGGCGCCCGGAGGCGGCGGGUGCGGUGCCGGAAAUGCAAGGCCUGCAUGCAGGGCGAGUGUGGCAUGUGCCACUACUGCAGGGACAUGAAGAAGUUUGGCGGUCCUGGCCGCAUGAAGCAGUCCUGCGUCCUCCGGCAGUGCUUAGCGCCCAGGCUGCCUCACUCGGUCACGUGUGCACUUUGUGGGGAGGUGGAUCAGAACGAGGACUCGCAGGACUUUGAGAAGAAGCUCAUGGAGUGCUGCAUCUGCAACGAGAUUGUCCACCCUGGCUGCCUGCAGAUGGAUGGGGAAGGGCUGCUCAACGAUGAGCUCCCCAACUGCUGGGAGUGCCCCAAGUGCUACCAGGGUGACGACACAGAGAAGGGCCAGGGAGCCCGGCGGCAGGCCAGGGCUAGGCUCCUGCAGAAGCGACGUGGGCAGCUGGGGCCCUCUGCCAGGCAGCCAAUGGACACUUUGCGGAGGCAGCUGGCACGGUGGCGCCUGCCACGGUGGCACCUGCCAGCACUGCCCAGAACAUUGUCCAACAGCUGCAGCACUGCCUGUAGGACUGUGCCCACUGCUGGGGAUGGAAGUGAGGCAGCAAAGAAGCGGAAGGUGGAGGAGAGUGACGACGACAUGGCGCAAGCCAAGGUGCUGCGUCCCCUGCGGAGCUGCGAGGAGCCCCUCACCCCCCCACCCAACUCACCCACCCCCAUGCUGCAGCUGAUCCACGACCCGGCCUCACCGCGCGGGGUGGUGACGCGCUCGUCCCCGGGAGCUGGCCCCAGCGACCACCACAGCGCCAGCCGGGACGAACGCUUCAAGCGCCGGCAGCUGCUGCGGCUGCAGGCCACCGAGCGAACCAUGGUGAGGGAGAAGGAGAACAACCCCAGCGGCAAGAAGGAGCUGUCAGAGGUGGAGAAGGCCAAGCUGCACGGCUCCUACCUCACUGUCACCCUCCAGCGCCCCACCAAAGACGUCCACGGCACUUCUAUCGUCCCCAAGCUUCAAGCCAUCACGGCCUCCUCCACCAACCUGCAGCACUCUCCUCGCGUCCUCAUGCGUCAUGCGCCCACCCGAAUGCCCCUGCGGGGCGGGGGGGAGGAGGAAGCAGCCGCUGAGGAGGAGGAUGAGGAAGAAGAGGAGGAGGAGGAGGAGAACGCGGAGGAAGGGGGGGCAGCCCGGCUGAACGGGCGCGGGGGCCGGGCACCAGAGGGCGAGGAGAGCUGGAUGCAGCGGGAGGUGUGGAUGUCGGUCUUCCGCUACCUGAGCCGCAGGGAGCUCUGCGAGUGCAUGCGGGUCUGCAAGACCUGGUACAAGUGGUGCUGUGACAAGAGAUUGUGGACAAAGAUAGAUUUGAGCAGGUGCAAGUCCAUCACUCCCCAGGCACUGAGCGGCAUCAUCAAAAGGCAGCCGGUCAGCCUGGACCUCAGCUGGACCAACAUCUCCAAAAAGCAGCUCACGUGGCUUGUCAACAGGCUUCCAGGCCUGAAAGACCUCAUCUUAGCAGGCUGUUCCUGGUCUGCGGUCUGUGCUCUCAGUACCUCCAGCUGCCCCCUUCUCAGGACCCUCGAUCUUCGGUGGGCAGUUGGAAUCAAGGACCCUCAGAUCCGGGACUUACUCACACCUCCAACAGACAAACCCAGUCAGGACAAUCGCAGCAAGCUCCGCAACAUGAUCGACUUCCGGCUCGCGGGGCUGGACAUCACGGACGCCACGCUGCGGCUGAUCAUCCGCCACAUGCCCCUGCUCUCCCGCCUCGACCUCAGCCACUGCAACCACCUCACCGACCAGUCUGCCAACCUCCUCACGGCCGUGGGCUCCUCCACGCGCAACUCCCUCACCGAGAUCAACAUGGCAGGCUGCAAUAAGCUGACAGACCAGGCCUUGCUCUACCUGCGUCGCAUCUCCAACGUCACUCUGAUUGACCUGCGAGGCUGCAAACAGAUCACCCGCAAAGCCUGUGAGCACUUCAUCUCGGACCUGUCCAUCAACAGCCUCUACUGCUUGUCUGAUGAGAAGCUGAUCCAAAAGAUCAGCUAGAGACCCUCCCCGGGGCAGACUGAGGAGAAGGAAAAGAGCCCAGCCCACCCCUCUUGGAGAGCCGCUCCUCCACCUCCCCACCUUGCCCUCCGUGUCCUGCCGCAGACUCCCACCUGAAUCGGCAGGCAGGGCUGCUGCUGGCCUCAACUCCACCGUCCUUCCUCCUCCACUCCCGGGACUUCUGCUGAGGAAGAUGUCCUGCCAGGCUGGCCAGUACCAGAGGAGGAACGGGCAGAGGGCCGGGAGCCUGGGCCCAGAGGCUGCAGCCGCUCGCUCCCACAGCAGAGGCUGGAGUCAAAGAUCUCUGCGCAGAGAAAUGGGGCACCCUCUUCCCUUCACUUCUCCCUUCUUCCUCCCCAUCGUCUCCUUGCCUUGGAACACUUGUCACUUCCCCUGCAGCACAAAGCUUGAGGGCCAAGGUCUCUCCAAGGAAGCAGGAGCAGAGCUGGAACAAAAAUGUUAUCCCCUCUCUGUGCCACCACCAGCUCCUCACUUCCCCUGGCCCCGCUGCAGGAGCUGGGAUCCAUGCCCCUCCCUUCCCCCACCGCUCUUUGUACGUUGAGGGCAGGAACGUGGUGGGUUCUCUGCCUGUGGCCAGGAGCAGGAGGCUUUGACCUGGGGAGGUGAAGCUGGAAUGAGGCCAUACUAAUGCUCUGGAACCUUCCUGGAGUACCAGAGGUGGCAGGUGGGGCCAGGCGCCAGCUGGGGAGCAGAGGAGAAUCCACAGGUACAGCAGAGCUCAGGGAGGACUCGGGAAGCAUCAGCCAGGGCUGAGGCAGCAUGGCUUGGGAGGGCCUCCUCUUCCUCUCCAGCUCCCUGCAUGGCAGCAUGAAGCACUCGGGAGGGUGGGGGGGUGCGCUGGGCACUUGGGGGGGCUGUGGCCGGAGGGGCCCUGCUCGCCCCACCACAGUGUCCUCUCCUUCCCACCACCACCAUCACCCCUUUUGGCUGCCGUUUUUCCUUUUGCAAUGAAUGGUUGGUCCAAAGAACCUCUCUCUAGGGCAGCAGAGAGCUUUUUGCACUUUAAAAAACAAACAAACAAAAAACAAACAACAACAACAAAAAAAAAAAAAAGAAAAAAAGGAAAACAAAAAAGAAGUACAGAGGGGAAAAAAAAAGAAAGCAAAUGGGUGGGGGAAAACAAAGGUUGGAUUCUUCUUUUUGGGUCACAAUUUUAUUUCCCUCCCUGUCCUGCCUGUGACUUGGACGCUCCCUGACUCUGCCUGGUGUCAGGACACCGCUCACCCCAGCCUCUGCCACCAGUCCCCAGCUCUGGAGAGGACAUCCUGGCUGAGAGGGUCCCACUGAGAACGUCCUGGCUGAUGUCCCACUAAAGAUGCCAGCAUGGACAGGUACAGCACAACCUGGCCCAGCCCACAUCACUGGUGCCCAGCCCACAUCACUGGUCCCAAGCCCUGGAGAAGAUACCUUGGCUGAGGGAUAUCCUGCCAGGGAUAGCCUGGUCAGAGGGUCCCACUGAGAACAUCUUAGCUGGUGAAAGGAUGGCUCAGCCAAGAGGUCCUACCAAGGGCAUUGCCACUACCCCACUGCUUCAGAAGCAAUAAGGGAGGAGAAGAGCUGGCCAGCACCAACCCUUCUGCCUCAGCGCAGGGCUUGGUGGCAUGGCCUCUGCUCCAGGAUGGCCACCUUGCUUCAGGACAAGGGGGACUGUUGUGUUGUGUGGCCAGUCCAGAGGGAUUUGAGCAGAAACCAUCCCUGGGCAAGAGGAAGAACCACCAGAGAGCUGGUGGAAGCCACCUGAGAUGGUGGCUGCCAUGGAAAACGUCAGAAGACUCAAAAGCUUGGAGUUUUUUCUUUCAUGGUUUGGGGUGGGUUUUUUUCCCCCCCUUCCCUUUUUGGAUUCCUGUUUUGGUUUUUUUUUUGUUGGAAUUCUGCCACACAAGCUGAGCUGGGGUUUCCAUUGCCACGCCUGGGGCCAGCAGCGUGUCCCUUGUCACCCACCAGCCACCAUCAGCAGCUGUAGGGUGGGCUGGGGAGGAGUUGUGGGGGAAGGAAGGAAAUGAAACCACCCCUAAGGAAGAGAGGAAAACAAACAAGAAGGAUUUUCUAUCAGGAAUCACUUGGUGAUUUAAAAGCAACCCCAGACUGCUCCCUACCACCAGCUCCUGCAAGAAAACAAACAAACAAGAAAAGUCACUCUUAAGGGUUUGGUUGUGGUUUGGUUUUGGUUUUGAUUCCCACCCCUCCCCAACCCCUCCACCUCUUCCCUCUCUCCCACCCCAUCCCCCUUUCCCCUCCCUCCCCCAGGAGAAAUAUUGUAAAUAUCUAUUUUUUUGUUGGCGAUUUAGAGUCCAAUCUCUGAUGUUUGUGCUUUAAAAAAAAAAAAAAACACAAAAAAAGCAAAAAAACAAAAAUAAAACAAAAUUAAAUGUAAGCAUUAAGGGUCAAAAGCAAA